UGACAUUCUUAUUGGUUAAAGCUCUCCAUAGAGUCUCGUGAUUGGUCGUCCGCUUCUUCUUUGCCAUACACUGCUUCCUGCUCACGCGAAGACAAUCAACAGUAGAAAAGUUUCGAGUUUUUAACCCUACAUCUGUAGCGCCGAUGCUUCUGACGUCACAGGACUCAAAAUGAUACAUUGUAUCCGCAGCGCGUUCUUCGCUCUUUUAUUUGUUACAGUGUUGCAGACUGUCUGCAGUGACUUUCACACUCUGGCACAUCUGAGAGCGAAAGCCAGCGAUAAAACUCAGUCCAGAGCUGUGGUGGAUCUGCUCAAACGACUGCUGGGAAACAGAUCUCGGGAUUUUAUCGUGUCAGUCAACAGGACUUUGUCCAAUGACAGUCUAGACGUGUGCGAGCUGCGAUCCGCGAAAAACAACAAGAUCUUGGCAGCGGGCAGCACGGGAGUAGCAGUGGCCACCGGUAUAUACAACUAUCUGAAAUACUUCUGCAACUGUCAUGUGUCCUGGUCCGGAGAUCAGUUAAAUCUCCCCCGACCUCUGCCCCCUCUCACCGGCGUCUUGCGAAUCAACACACCGCACAGGUUCAGGUACUAUCAGAAUGUGUGCACUCAGAGUUACUCCACUGUAUGGUGGGACUGGCAGAGAUGGCAAAGAGAAAUUGAUUGGAUGGCACUGAAUGGUAUAAACCUGCCUCUGGCAUUCACUGGGCAGGAGGCGCUAUGGCAAGAGGUGUAUUUGUCUCUUGGUCUUAACCAGACUGAGAUCAAUCGCUUCUUCACAGGUCCAGGUUUUCUAGCAUGGAACCGUAUGGGAAACCUCUUUCAGUGGGGUGGACCACUUCCCCAGUCUUGGCAUGUUAAACAGCUCUAUUUGCAGUUUAAAAUCUUGGACAGAAUGAGAGCUUUUGGAAUGAUACCUGUAUUGCCCGCUUUCUCAGGAAUUGUACCUGAAGGUAUUACCAGGUUGUUUCCCAAAGCAAACGUGACUAAGCUGAGCCCUUGGAGCCAUUUUAACUGCACAUACUCCUGCGCUUAUGUGCUGGACCCACGAGACCCGCUCUUCCAGCGAAUCGGAGCACUCUUCCUGUCCCAGGUCAUCAAGGAGUUUGGAACAGACCACAUUUACAACACAGACACUUUCAAUGAGAUGAUCCCUGCCUCCUCUGACCCCACAUACUUGGCGUCUAUUAGUCGUGCAGUUUUCAGUACUAUGACUUCAGUGGAUUCUGAAGCAGUUUGGCUGAUGCAGGGUUGGCUCUUCAUCAGUGACCCUUUAUUCUGGAGACCAGACCAGGUCAAGGCUUUGUUACACGGUGUCCCCCUGGGGCGAAUGAUUGUCCUGGAUCUCUUCGCUGAAUCCAUGCCUGCUUACUCUUCCACUAACUCCUUCUAUGGCCAGCCUUUUAUUUGGUGCAUGCUGCAUAAUUUUGGGGGGAAUAGUGGUCUGUUUGGAUCAGUGGAUCGUAUUAACUCUGGCCCUUUUGACGCCCUCCGAUUCCCCAAUUCUACCCUGGUUGGGUUGGGUUUGACUCCUGAGGGCAUCGAACAAAACCCGGUAGUUUAUGAACUCAUGAGUGAGCUGGCCUGGCGCAAAGAACCCGUCAACCUUUUCAAGUGGGUGUCGCUGUAUGCCUUGCGUCGCUACGGUAGCCUGGACGAGAACCUGGUGUUGGCAUGGCGACUUUUGUUUCAUAGCGUGUACAACUGCACUCUUCCACAAUAUAAGAACCACAACCGGAGUCCUCUGGUACAUCGGCCAUCGUUGCAUAUGCAAACGGACAUUUGGUAUGAACCAGCUGACUUCUACAAGGCAUGGAAGCUGCUGUUUGAGGCCGCGCCAGGACUAGUCACUUUGGAAACCUUCCGAUAUGAUCUUGUGGAUGUGACGCGACAAGCCCUUCAGCUUCUUACGACAGAAUUCUACAAGGAAAUACGAGAUGCAUUCCAGGCCCAAAAGCUUCCCGAUCUCUUGACCGCUGGUGGUGUUCUUGUCUAUGAUCUAAUACCUGAAUUGGACCGUCUCCUAUCCAGCAAUGAGCGCUUCCUGUUGGGGGUGUGGCUUGAGCAGGCACAGUCUCAGGCUAUGGACGAACACGAGGCACUGCUGUAUGAUAUGAACGCUCGAAAUCAGAUUACACUUUGGGGGCCUGAUGGCAACAUCCUGGACUAUGCCAGCAAAGAAUGGGGCGGUCUUGUGGAAGACUAUUAUUUACAACGUUGGAGUUUGUUUGUUAAUACGCUAGUGGAAUGUCUGGACAGAGGAAGACCCUUCAAACAGGAUGUCUUCAACCAAGCUGUGUUUCAAGUCGAGAAAGGGUUUGUGUACAACCAGAGAAAAUAUCCAUCCAAGCCACUAGGGGACACAUAUGACAUUGCACGACGGAUCUUCCUCAAAUACUACCCAUACGCCCUGAAAAGGUUAAAGUGAAGUGACCUCUAUGCAUUUGGUGCAAAGAAAUCAUGCACAAAGCAUUCAGGAAUCAAAGUGAUAUACAAAUAUGAUGGGCAACAACAGCUCCCCAUUUCUUCCCCUCUCACUUUUCUUCAUAAAGAUGAGCAGCUAUUCAUGCUGUAAAGGUCUGUCCAGGAAAUGAAGAAAGGACACAAUGUUUUCCUUCAUGUGCAUGACUGUUUUGAAAGACUCUUUAUGACCUUCUAAGAAAUAUUCAAUGUCUCGUAGACUUGAUGAGACAUUUCUGAAUGUGUUAUUUAUCAGGAACUGAUGUUUACUGUAGCUCAUGUUGAUUAGUGCUCUCAUGAAAGUAUGUUUUGUGUUAAAGCAUUACAAAUGUCUUUUCGAAAUGUUUUUCGAGAAGCAUGGUGCCACCAAGUAUGUCCGCAGUACAGCUACCGUUUAAAUGUUUUUUUAUAUUCAGGUGUGUUUUUAUGCACGAAAUAUACUCUACACAAUUUUACAUGUUGUUGCAUUCCGAAAUGUGUCAUGACACAAUUCAUAACGCAACGCAAGUACUUGUUGCAUUCUCAGCUUUGCCACGAGGGGUGCUAUAGAGGGCAUUUGUGUAAACUGUUUUUCAACUGCCAUUUUUUUCUUUCAGGUCAAGUACUCUCAUGGAGGAGUUAAAGAGUACAGUUAAAGAGUAAGUUAAACUGUUGACAUGUUUGUAGCUAGCUACCUGAAUGAUAACAUAUCCGGUUUAGUGGCUAAGACAUUUGAAGGUUAUUUUCGCCCCUUUAAUACUAAGGUGUUACCGCCAUAGUAGCGCAACAAUGCACUUUUAAUAUUUACAGUGUGACCGCACACUUCACCUCUGUGUUUGCGUUCUUGUGUAAAGUAUGUUUUUGGCUGUAGUUUUACCACUGUGCAAGUAAAGGAAAUUUUACUGCAGGAUUUUCUACUGUUGAUUCCAGGUUGUUUUAUGUACUAUAUAUACUAAUUCUAUUGUGACACCUCUAAACAUUUUUGCUAUUUAGUUAAUAUAUAUAUAGACACUACAUCAAGACAUUGUUAUGACUUUGUUACUUUGUAGUUUUAAAUGAAACUGGGCCAUUACCUCUGUCUUGGCCUGCCAGACAAAACACAGCAACACUUAUUAAAGCAAUUGUUGUUUGUUUUCAAAUUGGAUGAACAAAUAUAUUUGAAGUGAGCUUGUGAAAAAAAGAGGUUUAGAUUGAACUAAGCAAAAUACAAUAUAGAUAAUAAUCAGUAACCUCACAAACAUACUAAAAAGAUUUGGUCGAAAUAAAAAAACUCCAUCCACAUCAGUGAAACACCUGAAUUUUCUUGUAGAUUUAUCCUAAUACUAUUUUUGUCUGCAUGUUGUGAAAUUGCGAAUCUGAAUAAAGCGUAGGUUGUCACCUACCUCUUAAAGGAAUAUUUUGGGUUCAAUACAAGCAAGCUCAAUCGACAGAUUUUUUUGGAAUAAUGUUGAUUAUCAAAAAAAGUAAUUUCGACUUUUCUUUCACUUCCAUUGUAAGUGCCUCAUUAUAACUCAGAUUUUUGCUUUUUUUAAAAGAAAAGUAGGGAUAAUUCAAUAUUAUUUGUGGCAAUCAACAUUAUGCCACAAAUGCUGUCGAUUGAGCUUAAUUUGCAUUAAACCCGGAAUAUUCCUUUUAAUCAAAUAUUUUUUCAGUGUGCAAUUCUUUGACAACAUUAUUUGGUUAAUCAACCCAUGGUAAACAAUGUCCUGUCUUGUAUGUGCAAAAUUGUUAUGUUUUUGUAAAGCAGAAAACGGUAAAAUUUUAACCAUAUUUUGAAAAAACUGAAAAUGUAUUACUAGCAUCAGAAUGUGCAGAGUUAAACAUUCCUAAUACUAUUUUUAGGUUAGUUUUAGUUUAUCGAUCUUAUUUAGACAGAGGAUCAUUAUUCAACAACUUUGUUUUGUUUGUUGAUUCUAUAUUUAGUUCUUUGUUAACCAGCACAGAGAAAUACAGGUGCAUCUCAAUAAAUUAGAAUG